GAGAGGCGUGUUUGCGCACGAACAUUAAAAUCGAAUAAAUAGUCGUCUGCAGGAAGAGUCGAAGCAGACGUCACAAUACACCACGACGUCGUGGUAGCAUAACACUUUGAAGCGCGAGCAAGUGUCAAUUCGAUUAUUGUCAUCAUUCCCGUGAGUAUCGGUGCUUCUAUUAAGAUCGCUCGGAAUUUCUACCGAUGAUCGACAAAUCGUUCAUACGUAUUUCUGUGGUUGCCGUGAGGCGGCGAGAAAGGCCACCUCUUUAAAUUAAAAGAAGGAAUGACGCUGGAGAAUCCGUUCUUUGUCGUCAAGGACGAAGUCUGUAAAGCGCUAAAUAAAAAUCGCGGUUUAUAUGGACGCUGGACAGAAUUGCAAGAUGUUAUUGUCACGAGUCCAACGAGUGGAGGAAUCCCCAUCUCACGUGACGAAUUAGAGUGGACUACUACAGAAUUACGGAAAGCUCUACGUUCGAUUGAAUGGGAUCUCGAUGAUCUGGAAGAUACAAUCUGUAUCGUAGAAAAAAACCCAACAAAGUUUAAGAUAGAUAAUAAGGAGUUAACAGUUCAACGAAGUUUUAUUGAACAAGCGCGAGAAGAAGUGAAGAUCAUGAAGGAUAAAAUGAAUUUAAGUAGAGGUCGGGAUCGUGACAGUACAGCAAGGCAGCCGCUUUUGGACAAUAGUCCUGCCCGUGUUCCUGUCAACCAUGGUACAACUAAAUAUAGUAAAUUGGAAAAUGAAAUUGAUAGUCCUAAUAGGCAGUUUUUGGGAGAUACAUUGCAACAGCAAAAUGAGAUGAUAAGACAACAAGACGAACAAUUAGACAUGAUUGGAGAAAGUAUUGGAACACUUAAAACAGUAUCUAGGCAAAUCAAUACUGAAUUAGAUGAACAAGCAGUUAUGCUAGAUGAAUUUGGUAAUGAGUUAGAGGUGACAGAUUCUAAGUUGGAUGCAACAAUGAAAAAAAUGGCCAAAGUUCUUCAUAUGAGUAAUGGUAACUAUAAUAAUUACAUUCCUGCUCCUACUACUGCAACAUCUAGUGUUUCUGAUCUUGCCUCUAAACCUUCUUCUCUAUCAUCCUUAUCAAGUACAAUAACUAACUGUUUUUUAUGUUCUGGAGAUUAAAAAAGUACUAUCAAAGAUUCACCAUAAUUAUUCAGUACAAUGUAUAAAAUAGAAAUAUUAUUUUUGCAUUUCGUUACUCUGUUAUUUUUUUUGUCUAAAUUCAUUUAAACAUAUUUAUAUUAUUAAUUAUGCCUUAUUAUAUUUAAUUUUCAUCUAGCGUGAUAUCAAUAAUUUUACAUUUACUGAAAAAUUAUGGGACUUCUAAAGAAAUCUGCUAUUGGUCAUUCAUUUUAUCUUUGAAAUAACAUUGCAUAUUAGUUUCACCAAUGGAUAAUUCUUCUUUUCUUCACACUUUACAAACUAAUUGAUUUUAAUAUUUAGCACUAUUGCACUUUAACUCUUUAUUUAUUAAUUUAAUUGAUACAUGACAAAACCAAAGAGUAAGUUAUUGGAGGGUAGAAGUCUCAUUAAAUUUGAAAUAAAAUUUCAAGAAGAGAUUUAAAAUGAUUAUUUUAUUUAAUCAAUAAAUAUUAAAAUAAAUUUUUUAUAAUAUUUACUACACUAGCUUUCUAUGUAUUUCUUCUGAAGAAAUACUUCUAUUUUACUAAUUUAAUAAUACUCGUAUAUUGUUUGAAAUAUUUUCACAUGUGUCUAACUAAUUAACAAAAAAACUUAAGUAAUUGAAUUUUCAAGAGAAUGUUAAUGGUAUAGUAAAAGUAUGUUAUGACCAUAAAAUAAAAGUAAAAGUUAGUACAAAUAUUUAGUAGUAAUCAUUACCUGACUAUUAAAAUAUUCCUCUGCUAUAGUUUUUCUUUAAAUAUUUGAACUACAAUAUUUUGCAGUAAUUUCAAUAAAUCUAUCAAGUUUGGAAAUUUAUAUUUCAAUUCUCGUUUUUCAUAUAUAUUCUCUCAAUUUAUUCGUUAACGUUACAUUCAUUUAGACAGUACAAGUUAUGAAAGCAUUAUAUCUAUUUAUGCUUUCAUUAUAAUACAAAGAAGAAAAAAUAAUGACUAAUUUUGUAUGUAAAUGAUUGUUGGAACCUAUGGAAAAAGUUGAUCAUUUACAAAAAUCUGUUUAUUUUAACAUGGUAAAUGUAAGAAAUGUAGGAUAAAAAUGGACCAGAUAUAGUCAGAGCAAAGUUAAUUAUUAGCUUCAACUACACCUAUUCAAGUAUAGUUAAAAUACUAAUUAUGUAUGUAGUAAAAUAGGCACUAAUAGGUGUAAUAUAUUGCCAUUCAAUGAUAGUAUUAAUAAAAACAUGUUGAAACAUUGUAUAUCAAAAAAUCUGUAGGUAAAUAACAGAUUAUAUUUAAGUACAUCAUUUACAUAUGGAUUAAAAAAUUAUAUGCCAAAUAUUGUAAGGCAAGUGUCAAAAACUAGGAAAAGUAGCACAAGUCACUUGUGCUUGGGAAAAUUUUAAUGUACACCUCUAGACAUAUAUGCAUAGUGCAAUAGAAAACCAUUUUGAAGAUGAUUUGAAAUCUCUGAUACUUCUACUUCCAAUGUACACAACAUGUGAUAUUACCAUAUUAAUUGAUAUGUAGAUAAAAAUAGAUUAGUACACAGUAUUGUGGAAUACACAUGGUAUUGCGAAAUUACCAGUCAGAUUAUGUGUGCAUUGAAUGUAAAUGAAACUAUAUUGUUUGGAAAAAGAAAAUGUUUAAAAACACGGGAGGAAAAACAUGUAAAAACACUUAUUUGUACGUAUGAUAGCUGCUGCUGAUCGAUUGUUUGUCAAUGCGAACGAUUGUUCACAUAGUAGAAGAUUGUUCACGAAUGCUAUGAUAUUUAACGACCGCAAAUAAUUUGAGGUUCCACUAUAGAAAGAUUACAGUUCAGAAUUAGAAAAAGAAACAAUGAAACUUAGGUAAUGAAACGUUUAUUCCAAUGUUAGAAGAGUGUUAUUAAUAUAAUGUUGUUGUGAAUUCAUACCAGAACAGAAAUUGUUUAUUCUAGUAUGUAAUUAAAACUUAAAAGGAAAAGAUAUACUUUAUUAUUUCUCAUAAAUGACCAAUUGUGAAAACAGAUACUGAUGAAUAAAAUUUACGACUUUA